UUGUUAGGUGCAUAUACACGUUUAGGAUUAUUAUGUGUUUUUCUCAGAAUUGAUCCCUUUAUCAUUAUGUAGUGCCUCUUCUGAUCUCUGAUAAUUUUCCUUGUUCUGCUUUGUCUGAAUGUAUGUAACUACCCCAGCUUUCUUUUUUUGUCCAGGUUUCUUCUGAUUAGUGAAGAUAUUUCUCUGUUGCUUUACUUUUAACCUCUCACUCUUUACAUUUAAAGUGGGCUUCUUGUACACAAUAUAUAGUUGGGUUUUUUUAAUUCACUCUGAUAAUUUCUAUCUUUAAUUGGUGUAUUUAGACCAUUCACAUUUAAAAUGAUUCUUGAUAUAUUUGGAUUUAAUAUCAACCAUGUUUAUAACUGUUUUCUAUUUGUUGCCAGAGGCUUCUUCUGCCUUCUCUAGUUUUUUUUUAAUACAUUUAUUUAUUUUUUUAUUUAUAUUUUUGACUGCAUUGAGUCUUCAUUGCUGCACGUGGGCUUUCUCUAGUUGCGGUGAGUCGGGGCUACUCUUCAUUGCGGUGCAUGGGCUUCUCAUUGCAGUGGCUUCUCUUGUUGAGGAGCACGGGCUCUAGGUGCAUGGGCUUCAAUAGCUGUGGCUUGCAGGCUCUAGAGGUCAGGCACAGUAGUUGUGGCGCAUGGGCUUAGUUGCUCUGCGGCAUGUGGGAUCUUCCGGACCAGGGCUCAAACCCGUGGCCCCUGAAUUGGUAGGCGGAUUCUCAACCAUUACGCCACCAGUGAAGCCCCCCUGCCUUCUCUAGUUUUAAUUGAGUAUUUUACAUGAUUCCACUUGUCUUAUUAGUGUAUCAGUUAUAUGUCUUUAAAAGAAUUUUCAAUGAUUUUCCUCGAGUUUACAUUUUUAACUAAGAUCACUUUCAAAUAACACUCUUUUGCUUCACUUAUAUGUAGUACAGAUACCUUAUUACAGAAUGUUCAUUCAUUUCAUUCAUCCAUUUGUUACAGUCACUUAAUACAUUAUUACUUUAGAUAAAGAGUUAUUUUUAUAUCAAUUAAGAAUAAGACAAGGGCUUCCCUGGUGGCGCAGUGGUUGAGAGUCCGCCUGCCGAUGCAGGGGACACGGGUUUGUGCCCUGGUCCGGGAAGAUCCCACAUGCUGCGGAGCGGCUGGGCCCGUGGGCCGUGGCCGCUGAACCUGCACGUCCGGAGCCUGUGCUCCGCAACGGGAGAGGCCACAACAGUGAGAGGCCCGCAUACCGCAAAAAAAAAAAGAGAGAAAAAAGAAAAAAAAAUUCAUUUUACUUUCAUUUAUUGCGUUUCCAUAGCUCUUCCUUUAUGUAGAUCUGAGUUGUUGGCCUGUAUCAUUUUUCUGCUGCCUGAAGAAAAUCUUUUAACAUUUCCUGAAGGAAAGGUUUGCUGAUGCUGAAUCCCAUCACUUUUUGUUGUCUGAGAAAGUAUUUUAUUUCUCCUCCACAUUUGAAGGAUUAUUUCACUGGGUAUAGAAUUUUAAGUUAGUGUUUUUUUCUUUCAACACUUUAUUUACACAGUUAGAUAGGAGUGUUAACACUGAAAUGGAGGAUUUAUUUAUUCUCCUGUAUUUCUGUUAAAUUUUAUUUUAUUUAUUUUGAGGUCAAUUUAAUAAAUGCAUACCAAUUUUAAAUAUCAUGAGGUGACACUCCUUACCUAUUUUGUUAUUAAUUUAACUAUAAUGUCUUUCUUUUGGUUAGUGUUUUCAUGGUUUUUUUUCCCUGUACUUUUACUUUCAGUCCUUAUGUAUCUUUAUAUUUCAGAUAGUCUUUUGUAAAUAGUACAUAGUUGGGUUUUUUCCAGUCUGAAAAUCUUGUUUUUUAAUUGUUUCAAGUACACCAUUUACAUUUAAUAUACUUACUGAUAUUAAUACUGGAUAUAACCAUUGUACCAAGUUCUGUCUCUAUGUCCCACCUGAUUUAUGUUAGUUUUUUCUUCUUUAGGAUUGGUUAUUUUCUUAUUUUUACCCCUUUAUUAGCUUAGAAGUUUUACACUCUUACUCUUCCUUAAUAGUUAUCUGGCAAUUAUAGCAUACAGUCUUGACUUAUUAAAGUCUUGACCAAUAUUAAUUUAUACUUCUACACACUCCCUAGAUAAUGCCCAAACUUUAAAUACUUUAGCUCUCUUGACUCUUAUGUUGUCAAUAUAAAUUAACAAGAUAAUAUUAUUUUAUAUAAUAUUGACUUAAAUUUAUAUAGAUAUUUAGCCUUUUAAUUGCUUUUUAUUCCUUUCUUCAUCCCCAGUCUUCCAUCUGAGAUCAUUUUCCUGUUAUCUGAAAAAUGCCCUGUAGAAUUCAGUACUUACUUUGGUUUAUGCCUGCUGCUGGAAACUCUCUCUGUUUUUAUUUGUAAAGCUUUUAUUUCACCUUCAUUUUUGAAGGGUAUUUUUGCUGGUUAUUAAUUUCUUGGUUGGCAUUGAUUUUCUUUCAAGAUACUAAAGAUGUCAUUUCACCGUAUUCAUGCUUUCAUCAUUGCUGUUGCAAAGCUAGUAAUUAGCCUAACUUGUUCCUUUUGAGGCAUACUCUAUUUUUUUUUGGCUACCUUUUUGAUUUUUCUCUUUGUCUUGAAUUCUCUGCAAGUUCACUAUUAUGCAUUCUAUAUGUGGGUUUCUUUUUAUUUAUGCUGUUUGGGAUUUGUUGGACUCCUUGGAUCCUAUGGAUCAAUGUCUUUCAUCAAUUUUGAAUAAUCCUCAGCCAUUAAUUCUUUAGAUUGCCUCUGAACAAUUCCAUUUCUCUUCUCCUUCUGGAACUCCAAUUAAACAUGCAUCAGACCGUAUCGUACCCUCUUGUCUGUAUUUUCCAUCUUUUUGACUACCCAUGCAGCCUUAUGGAUAAUUUCAUCUGAAUAGAAUUUCUAGUUCUUUAAUUCUCUCUUGGGCUGCAUCUAAUAUGCUGUUAAGGGCAUCCACUGAGUUUCUAAUUUCAGCUUAGUUACUUUUUAGUUUUGGAGGGUUUUUUUCCCCUACUUUUUCUGAUUUCUUGUUCCCUGUUGAAAUUUUCAAGAUUGGAUUUUAUUUAUCUGAAUACAGUAAGCAUUGUGGUUUAGUAGUCUGUACCUGAUAACUCAAAUAAUUCAAAGCUAAUGGAUCUGUUUGUGUUGUCUAUUCUCUCUGGUGCUUUUUACCUAUGAUGGGUUUUAUCUUCGUGUUGCUGCUUAUCUUUGUGUAUGGGCAUUGUAUUUAAACAACUGUUUGUUGAAAUAAUUUGAGGCCUAGGAUGAUGGAAUCUUCCUCCAGAGAUUUUGUUUGCAUUGGUCAGGUCUGUAAGGAUGCUUCCUGUCUAAAACCACCUCAAUCUAUACUCAAAACUUAAACUUUACUAGUCCACCUAGAUGUUGCAAAGCCAAGCGAAAAAACUUUGUGAGGGCUAGUUUAUUUUCAGUUUACAGUUACCCUUAAAGUGAAACAUUUGAAGUUCCUAAGAAACCCCUCCCCUUUUAAUAAGCCUUGGGCUUUGAUUUUUGUUACUCUAGUGCUUUGAGUCUGCUGAAUAUUCAACUCACUUUGACACUGGUUUAUUCCUUAACCUUUAUUCCUUAACCACAGAUGACCUCAAGACAAAUACAGCUAACCUUAUGAGUAUUAAAAGAAGACAUGGUGAAUUAUUCUUUCACCUCAUAUAGGAAAAGCGUUCUUAACUAUGAAUCAAAAUCUAGAUGCAAUAAAAGAAAAGUCUAAUAAAUGUGACUACUUUUUUUAAUGCAUGGCAGAAAUACAUCAUAAAGUCAAAAGGCAACUAACAAACUGGAAGUAAAUAUUUGCAACUUAUAUAACAGAUAAAGGCCUAAUAUAGUUAAUGUGUAAAGAACACUUGAAAAGUGUGAAGGACCAACAACCCAAUAGAAAAAUGUGGAAAAGACAUGAACAGACAAUUCACAAUGAUAUUUAAACUGUUGUUAAACAGGAAUGCCAUCGAUAUAAUACUUCUCACCUAUCAUAUUAGUGAAAAGUAGAAAGUAUGUCACACGCUAUGUUGAAAAGUGUGUGGGGAAAUAAGCACUCUCCUAUAUUGCUGGUGGGAAAGCAAAAUGGGUCUGAGACUCAAGGGAGGGAAUAACCUGGAUAUGUAGAUUAGGAAAUCAUCUGUGUUUAGAGGGAAAUGAACAGAGAUCAGCCAGGGAGCGAGGACACAUGGACUGAGGAGAGCAGAGGCUCUGGACAUAGCUGCUACUCAAGGAGGCAGCGCAGCUACCUGGCGGGCACCACCACCAGGGCUCUGGAGUCAGACGGAGCUGGUCUUGAAAACGGGUUGUGAGGCUCCGUGUGGAGCGCUCCUGGAGAAGUCGGGUACCCUCCCUGCAAUCAGCUGGCACAACUGGGGAUAAAGGGCAUCUCAGAGGGAUGCUGAGCGAGGACCUGAGAGGCACCAGGUCUGCGUGUCUGUUCUCAGCACUCUGCAAGGCUAGAAAAGGAGGAGGAACCUUUCCAGAAUCCCUGCAGGACAGGAAAACGAGGGGACAUCUCAACAUGGAAAAACUCUGCAAUGAAAAUGAAGGAAAGCUGGAAAGCGAAGGAAAGCCAGAAAAUGAAGUAAAGCCUGAAAAUCAAGGAAAGUCAGAUGAGGAAGAAAAGCCAGAAGUGGAGGGGAAGUCAGAACACGAGGGAGAGCUCCAGAAUGAGGGACGGCCAGAAGACCAGGGACAACCAGAAGAUGAGAGGAAGAGAGAAAAGCAGGACAAGUCCGAAGCUGAGGGAAAACCACACGGUGAGGGCAAGCUGGAAUCCCAGGCAAAGCCAGAGAGUCAGCUGCGGGCUGCCGAAAAGUGCACCUCUGAAGACUAUGUGCCCCGGAAAGCAAAAAGAAAAACGGACAGGGGGACGGACGAUUCCCCCAAGGACUAUCAGAACAACUUACAGGAAAGGCAUCUGGGCAGUGAGGAGAUGAUGACAGAAUGUGCAGAUAUGUCAAGGGCUCAGGAAGAGCUAAGGAAAAGACAGAAAAUGGGUGACUUUCAUUGGAUGCAAAGAGAUGUACAGGAUCCAUUCACCCAAGGGGCCAACGGGGUGUCAGGGGAAUGAGGGGCGGAGGUAGGGGCCAGAGGCGCUUACAUGAUAUCCCAUAUCUUUAAUGCCUUUGGCCUUCAAUUCUGACUCCUCUGAUGAGAAUAUCGCUGACCCUGCUUUCCCUGGCAGGCAUUUGCCAGGCUAUGUGCUUUAACCUUAAGCUGAUUCUUUGCUUUAGGUGUCACUCUCAUUACCAGCAGCCUUUUGAUCCAACUACAGUGCUCUCUGUGUUUCAGUAGGGGAUUUUCACCCACAUGCAUGGAGGAGAUGUUCAUGGUAUACUGUAAAACAACAAUAAAGAAAAAACAGUUUUCAGAACCGAAUAUAUAGUAUCAGCCCAAUUUUGUAAAAAUAUAAACAUUUGCACAAUACAUUUGUGCACAGAGAAAACUCUGAAAAUGUUUGCACUAAAAAGGAGGCAACGGUUUUUUCCUGCAUGGUAGCCAGAAAAUAGGUCUCACCUGCACUCAAAAAUGAAUCCAAUCGCCUGAUGGUACCUCCAUGCCGUUCGCCUGAAGGUGUGCCCAUCCCCUGUCUUUCCCUAGUUGUAACCAUGUCAGUGGGCGCUGCUACACCUUCUCCUGGGUCCUCUACCGUCCUAUGGCUCCCAACAUGUAUGAUUCUUUUUUUCUUUGCUCACUCAUCUCCACUUUUUCUUAAAUGAUAUGGAUUAUGUUUGUCAUAAUAAAAAAUCUAGAAAUCAACACAUGAUAAACAAUUGAAAUGUUCAGUAAGCUUAUGAGGGCAAUGAAGACACUUAAAAUUCCUGUUGUCAGAAUGUAAAAUGAUAAGUAAAACAUUGCCUCUGGGACUCAGCUAGAGGAAUCAACCUGACAGUUGUAACAGAUCCAGUGCUCUAAAGGUCAGUCUUGUCAUCUGUGAAAUGGGAAUAAAACUUGCCUGUGUUGGGUGGGCUCCUUUGUAGCAGUAGGACCCUGGACCUUGUCAGACACUCAGGGGAGGGCUGAGAGUAGGUCUCAUCUAUGCCCAGGAACAAGUCCAAGUAGCUGAGAAGAGACUGCCACUCUUAUCUGGAUACUACCGUAUCUGUUGGGCACUCCUGUUGUGCCCUGUACCCUCUGCUGACAGCUACUGAUAUGAUGGAGUCCUCAUGGUGACAAAGCCCCUCUGAUUCCCUAUAGUUCCCAAAGGGCCAAAGCCCCUAUUUGACUCCUAUAGGAAUGUAGGUUAACCCCCUCUUCCAGCUUCAGAGUUGUACCUACCCUGGUGGUAGUGCCCCAGGGCUGUUUGGGCUCCACUAUAUUGCAUAGUUCUUAAAGUAGUCAUUAAUAUUUUUAGUUCAUUUUAUAUUUGCUUACAGUAGUUUCUUAUCUCUUGACUCAUAUAUUUUGGGUCCACCAGGGGUUGUAUCCUGAGACAAAUCUGUGGACGAGACAGUGGAUGAUUAUUUGAACUACACACCACAGUACCUCAGGGAAGCCACAUGUAAAUUUACAUACCUUUCUUAGUGUGAGUUUUCGCUCUAAAAAGUCUCCUGGUUGGCUUCCUACACAAAAUCAAAGGACUUGUAAUCAGAGAGGGUUACACAAGUGAGUUUCAAGCUGAAAAUAUCCCUUCCCAUUCCAAACCAAUUCCAACUGAGAAGUGUAACAGUGCUCUUAAAAAUAUUAAAAACUCUCAGUGUUAGGCAUUUUUAUUUAACCCACUAGUAUGUUGCUUUUUCC